AUGGCUAAAGUAGCCUCAGUAAUUGAGAUCAACUUUGAAAUUACAAAGGAUGAGUGUCAGAAAUAUCCUUCGCAUUGCAGUGCUCCAGACCCUUGUCUUGGUAAGAUACUGACGUGUGAAAACUGGGGGACUCCGGACUAUGACACGUGCACCUGUCGUUGUCACCCUAAUUUCUACGGUGCAAUGUGUGAGAAAGCAAAGUGCCAUAAUGCACUAACCUGCGAGAAUGACGGGGACUUUGACCCCAGCACAUGUACCUGUGCAUGCUCCAACUACUUCACCGGAAGCCGUUGCGAAAAAUACAACUGCCAAGCUAUGGGCACCAGAGGUCGUGACAGCUACAGGUGCGCAAGAAUGCCAAGACGAGCCUGUACCAAAGGGUGGCAUAUCCGCGGGGAGAAGGAAGAAAUUCGCCUGAAAUAUUGUCCCAAAAAGUGUGGUCUUUGCUAA